AUGCUUCAACAACCGCCAAACAAUCUUCAAGUUGGUGAAUCCAAUCCCAAUAACGGCCGUGAUGAGGACGAUCCAUAUGAAAAUGAAACGUCCGAAAGUAGCACCAAAUGGGACACAAUUUCCAUUCCGAAAACUUCGAGUAUUCAACCAAUUUUCAAUCCGUUUAAAUUAUUAUUAGAGUCUGAAGACAUUCUCAUUACAGUGAUUGAAUUUAUGGAUCGAUCGUUCGUUUUAUGGAACAUUUCAUUGUGCUCAAAAUAUUUCCAUCAACUCACUCACAAACCAUAUGCCUAUACGAGAUUGUCUUGGAAUUUUUCACGCUAUCAUUUGCAACGUUUGGAUUUGCUUGCAAAAUAUUAUUCACAACUGAGAUAUUUAGAAAUUGAAGAUUCUAUUAAUUUAAAGGAAAAGAUGAUUUCCGAGUUAGAUGUGAAAAAGUUUAUAGAUUUUUUGAGAGAUCAUUCGAGUACGAUACAACAUGUGGAUAUGGUUUUUCAUAGACAUCAAGAAUUGUUAUUUAAUACAAUUGUGAAAGAAAGUUCGGAAUGGCUGAGGUCUCUUUCAUUGAAGAUUUCGCUUUGGCCAGAUUUUGCGUGCAAAGCUUGUCAAAUGUUGAAUCAAUUUUCACAAUUGGAAAAGUUGAAAAUUAAGAUUGGAAAUAGCAUUGAUCCAGAAUUGGUGCUAUCAAGUUGUCGAAAAUUAUUUGAAAAAGGAAAGUUGGUUCUCUUUCACUCAACGACUGUAUUGAGAACGAAAGCUCAUGUGUUGCAAUUUAUUGAUUGCCUCAAACUAGCUCAAAAAUCCAUCAAAGAUGUUGAAUUUUCUAUGAACUCCCUCGAAGAUAAUGAACUAGAUGAAGUAAUGGUCAAAUUGAACGAUGAAUUGUCAUGUUGUCGAAGAAUAACAAUCACACUCAUUGAAGUGCAAGAUUUAUCGACGGUCAACAAAUUCACAGAAUUGUCAUCAACUUGUUCAGAAUUCAACAUCAACUUGAUUGGUGUCAAGUCUUGCAAACCUGAAACACGACUAACUUUACAGAACGUGAAGGAAUUUAAUGUAGAAACUGCCAAAUAUGACCCCAAAACCAAUACGUUUCCUAAUUCCAUGUCACAUUUAACAUUUCAAUAUACGUCUUUUAUGGAAUAUGGAUCAAGAAUUGACAUGGAAUUUUUUCAAGCAUUUAAGUUAUUAAGAACUUGCUCCUUUCACCAAGUAGAAAUUCCCUCUAUUGAAGAUCAAUCUUUUCCUUUACCUUUGUUAGAAAAAUUACAUUGUUCCAACUGUAGAAUUCAAAAUAUUUACUCACUAUUGAAAUUUCCAAAAUUGAUCAUUCUCGAAUUAGAAAGGUGCUCAUUCAUGGAAACACCAAAAAUUUACUCCUCUUCAGAAGGAAAAUCCACCAUCAAAUUGAAAGAACUCUCCAUUACAAACAUGAAGAAGUCUGGAACAUUGAAUUUACAAAUGUUACAACACAUGCAAUUAGAAAAGCUCCAACUUACCUACAUCAAUCAUGAUUCUAGCUUUCUCGAACAUUUGCAUUUCAUUGAAGACAUGACCUCUCUCACCUAUUUAAAUCUCUCUGGAAAGAAACAAGUGAUAUCUCAAAUUUUGAAACACAUGAAUUUCAAACAUCUCACAAACUUGAACCAUCUCAUCAUGAAAAACGAUUUUACAGACAGAAGGGACGAAAUAUUGAAAGUGAACUCGAGUAUUUAUCAUCUCAUUCACAACACGAGCAUUAUUUUACCACUUCUUUCAUCCUCCCAGAAUUUCAUUAAUGUUGAACCUGAAAAGUAUCAUCACGGAGGAGAAACGGUUGACAUUCCAAUUCUCAAGAAAGAUCAAGCUCUCCAAAUUGUCACAAAAUUCAUUCCUCGUUCGUAUCAGGCACAAGAAGGAGAGCUUCUCAACGUUUUGUACAGUAGAGACUAUCAUUACAUUACAUUUUGCUUGCAUGGAAAAUUUGGUUAUGUAUUGGUCAAGAAUGAAGCGCCUCAUUAUCCAUUCAUUAAGGGAUUAAUUACGAAAGAAACCAUAGAGGGACGACGUUACAGUGAGAAUUUGUUUCUUGUGCCUGCUUUUAGUGGAGAAAAAUCCAAAUUGAAAUGUGAAAUUAUUUAA